AUGACACAAACUAAACACCCCCAAAUGCUUCUGCAAGUUGGUCAGGCAACUCAAUCUGCAUGGAAGACUAUGAGCAAUUGGCUUCCACCUCUCUUCGGAGACAAAGGCUGGUGGUGGAAGACUCUCGGCCCACAACUCAACACCCUCCUCACAGAAGCGGACUAUGACUUGAACGAGCAGUACGAAGCUCUACUAUUGUUAUACCGAUGGGUUGUUCCGGAAAUGGGACCCAGGCCAUGGUCAAGCAUGGUACCCUGGAAAAGCUUCAUGACUGAUGACCACUCUCCUAUUGAGUAUAGCUGGAAAUGGAACUCUGGAAGCAAGAAGCCUGACAUUAGAUACGCCGUUGAGCUCGCCAGUCCCUUAACUGGAAGCGAGAAAGAUCCAUUCAAUCAAAUCCCGACACGGAAUUUUGUGUACAAUCUCGCCAAGGUUAUUCCCGAACUUGAUCUCACCUGGUUUGAGCAUUUCUGGCAUGAGUUGCUAGGUCCUGGGUCUCCCACAAUGUCCACUUCUGCAAUCUCGACAAAGGGUUCAACCAUUUUUGCGGCCUUGGAAAUGCUGCGUGGUCGCUUUUCUAUCAAAGUAUACUUCAUACCAGUCGAGACACCAGAUAUAAGUGCCUGGCACCAGAUAAAACAUGCGAUUGAAACAGCAGGAUGUCAGCAUCUUGAGGCCUUGAAUCAUGUUGACAGAUAUCUCUCCAGCCACAACAACGGGAAGCAGCUCCGCCCGUUCAUGCUGGCAAUAGACCUUGUCGAACCCAGUGCUUCACGGCUCAAGAUAUAUGCAAGGUCCAACCAAACUUCUUUCCGCUUUGUCCGAGACGUUAUGACUGUUGGCGGACUUCGCACAGGCUUGGAUCAAUCUCUAGAGAACUUUUACGAUUUAUGGAAACGUGCACUUGGCCUCAACCCUGACACGUCACCUGAAGACGAGCUACCGAGUGUGGACCAUCUGACUUCCGGGGCGGUAUUUAACUUCGACGUCGCCCCAAAAUCUUCGCUUCCCGACGUCAAGGCUUAUAUACCAGUUCGACACUAUACUACUAACGACCUUCGAGCUGCACUUGGGCUUAUCGGGUAUCUUGAAGAGCACGGGCAUGAGGGUUACUCGCAAUCGUAUCUUCGUGCAUUGGAUAUGUUGGCACCACCAGGUCAGCUUGACCAAGCUACUGGCGUUCAGACCUACUUUGCAGUUGCGUGUCAGGAUGGCGACUUGUCUCUCACUUCUUACUUGAACCCUCAGUUGUAUUCCAUGUUUCGAGAGCCCGAACGUUUAUAG